AUGAAGCUGAAGGAACUUGAGCGGCCAGCCAUCCAGGUGUGGAGCCCAGCCAGCCAGUACCCUGUGUAUCUGGCCACAGGAACAUCUGCCCAGCAGCUAGAUGCCUCCUUUAGCACAAGCGGCACAUUGGAAAUCUUUGAGGUUGAUUUCAGGGAUCCCUCUCUGGACCUGAAGUGCAAGGGAGUCCUUUCUGCCUCGAGCAGGUUUCAUAAGCUGAUCUGGGGGACCUUUGGCAAUGGUCUUCUGGAAGGCUCCGGGGUUAUCGCAGGCGGCGGGGACAAUGGCAUGCUUACUCUGUACAAUGUGACCCACAUCCUGUCUUCAGAGAAGGAACCUGUGAUUGCCCAGAGACAGAAGCACACAGGGGCCAUCAGAGCCCUCGACUUUAAUCCUUUUCAGGGCAACCUCUUGGCCUCGGGGGCCAGUGAUUCCGAAAUCUUCAUUUGGGAUUUGAAUAACCUGAGUGUACCAAUGACCACGGGAUCCAAGGCACAGCAGCCCCUGGAAGACAUCAGGGCACUCUCUUGGAACCGGCAAGUCCAACACAUUCUGUCUUCUGCUCAUCCCAGCGGCAAGGCAGUUGUGUGGGAUCUUAGGAAGAAUGAACCUAUCAUCAAAGUCAGUGAUCACAGCAACAGGAUGCACUGCUCGGGCCUGGCCUGGCACCCAGACAUAGCCACUCAGUUGGUGCUGUGCUCAGAGGAUGAUCAUUUCCCAGUGAUCCAGCUGUGGGACUUGCGCUUUACCUCAUCACCCUUGACAGUGCUGGAGAGCCACAGCAGGGGUAUCUUGUCAGUGUCAUGGAGCCAGGCUGACCCUGAGCUGUUACUCAGUAGUGCCAAGGACAACCAGAUCUUGUGUUGGAACCUGGGGAGCAGUGAGGUGGUAUAUCAGCUACCCACACAGAGCAGUUGGUGCUUUGAUGUGCAGUGGUGCCCUCGGAACCCUCCAGUGUUCUCUGCUGCUUCCUUUGAUGGCUGGAUCAGUUUGUACUCUGUGAUGGGUAGAAGCUGGGAAGCCCAGCGGAUGAGACAGGCAGACAAGAUCUCCUCUUCCUUCAACAAAGGCCAGCCUUUCCCGCCAUUGCAGGUGCCAGAGCAGGUUGCCCAAGCAACAUUGAUACCUUCCCUGAAAAAACCCCCCAAAUGGGUUAGAAGACCAGCAGGUGUUUCAUUUGCUUUUGGGGGGAAACUGGUUACCUUUGGCCUCCCCAGCGUCCCUGCCCAUCACGUGCCGCAGCCUUGCCCCCGCCUAGUCUUCAUCAGUCAAGUCACUACAGAAUCUGAAUUCCUGAUGCGGUCAGCUGAGUUGCAGGCAGCCCUGAGAUCAGGAAAUCUCCUGAAUUAUUGUCAGAACAAGAUCCAGCAAACUUCACUGCAAAAUGAAGAGAUGCUCUGGCAGUUCCUGAAGGCAACCUUAGAGCAAGACACCAGGAAGAAAUUCCUAAAGCUGUUAGGAUACAAUAAAGAUGAUUUGCAGAAGAAGGUGGCCACAUGGUUGAAGAGUGACUUGGGGCUGAGUGACAGCUCUCAGCCCAAGAGAAGUGAUCUUAACAGUACCAGACAACAGACCUGCAGCCAGGCCUCCAACCAUACCACAGAGGAAGCUUCUGCCUCCUCAGCCUUCUUUGAUGAGCUGGUCCCUCAGAACAUGACUCCCUGGGAGAUUCCCAUCACAGAAGACACUGAUGGGCUCCUGAGCCGGGCUCUCCUGCUUGGGGAACUGGGCCCAGCUGUCGAGUUGUGUUUGAAGGAAGAGCGCUUUGCUGAUGCCAUCAUCCUGGCCCAUGCUGCGGGUGCAGAUCUACUGAAGCGAGCACAGGAGUGCUACUUGGCCAAGAAGAAAACCAUAAUUUCCUCGCUUCUAGCCUGUGUUGUGCAGAAGAAUUGGAAGAACGUGGUGUGUGCCUGUAGCCUGCAGAACUGGAGAGAGGUGCUGGCCUUGUUACUGACAUACUCAGGGCCAGAGGAAUUCCCUGAGCUCUGUGACAUGCUGGGAACUCGCAUGGAACAGGAGGGUAGCAGGGCACUAACUUCUGAAGCCAGACUCUGUUAUGUGUGCUCGGGGAGUGUGGAGCGGCUGGUGGAGUGCUGGGCAAAAUGCCACCAGACUGCAUGCCCCAUGGCGCUGCAGGAUCUGAUGGAGAAGGUAAUGGUCCUCAACAGAGGCUUGGAGCUACUUCUGGGACCUGAUGGGGUGAGCCCAGGCCCUGCCGUAGUCCACAGUGUCACUCAGUAUGUUAACCUCUUAGCAUCCCAGGGCAGCCUGGCCACUGCUAUGAGCUACCUACCCAGUGAUUGUGCUCAGGUAGCAGUUCAGCAGCUGAGAGAUCGGCUUUUUCACGCCCAGGGUUCUGGUGUCUCGGGUCAACAGUCUCCCCCUUUUCCUUUUCCUCGGGUGGUUGUGGGAGCUACCCCCCACUCUAAAGAGACAUUAUCUUACGGAUUGAGAUUUCAACCAUCUCAGAAGGUCUCAAUGCCUUCUCCAAGGCCAAGAAUUUUCACUCCUCAGUCACCACCAGUGAUGCCCUUGAUACGUCCCCUUUCUAGCCCUUACCUGGGUUCCAAAGCCCAGAAUAUAAGUGACUACAGGGUACCUGGGCCCCAGGAAGCCCAGCCUUUGCCCCUGGGCUCUGGAGUAAGGCCUGCUGUAUCUCAGCUGCAGCACUUAGGAGGGCAAAGGACCCAAGCUCCUAACCCUGUGGGAAUCCCUGGAAUGUGGCCUCUUCCUGGUCCCCCUCCACCUAUGGCACCCCCAGGCAUCAUGCAGCCUGGCUCUACCUCCCUGCCCGAGACUCCUCGACUGCUCCCUGUGAGACCACCAGGUCCUAGCACUCUGAGCUACCAGCCCUCAGCCCCUCCUGCGACCUUUCUUGUGGCACACCCUCCAGGAGGGCCAGGUGCUCCAUGCUUUAGCACCCUUCCAACUCCUGGCAUCUCAAUUCUUCACCCAGAGUCUCAAAAUUCCUCAAAGAAUAUGUCAGCUCCCAGGGGGAACCUUCAGAGAAAAAAGCUGCCGGAGACAUUCGUGCCCCCAGCGCCAAUUACUGCUCCAGUUAGGAGCUUCACCCCUGAGUCACGAGGGAGCCUUUCCCCACAGCCUCCUGUCGCUGGUUUGGGUCGUGCACCCCCCGGGGCUCCAGGAGAGCUCAGCCUACAACUUCAGCAGCUGCCACCUGAGAAGAUGGAAAGGAAAGAGUUGCCCCCAGAGCAUCAGUCCUUGAAGACCAGCUUUGAUGCACUUCUACAGCGCUGUUCCCUGUCUGCCACCGACUCAAAGACAAAACGGAAGCUGGAUGAGGCAGCCCAACGUCUAGAAUGUCUAUAUGAGAAGCUCUGGGAAGGGAUGCUCUCGCCUCAGGUUGUGGCUGGGCUCCACGAGGUGGCCCGGUGUGUGGAUGUGGGGAGCUUUGAGCAGGGCCUCGCAGUGCAUGCCCAGGUGGUGAGCUGCAGCAGCUUCAGUGAGGUGUCCAGCUUUAUGCCCAUCCUGAAGGCUGUCCUCACCAUUGCUCAGAAGCUGCAGAGCUAA